AUGCAAGCGGUGGGUCAAGUAAAUGAAAGGCCUGGCUCGUUUAGCCGCUGCACUGCUCGUUAUACUGGUGAGCGCAGCUCCGCGAAAGUUGAGGAGUUUAUUGCUGCUAUUAUGACUUUUAAAACAGUCGAAAAAAUAAGCGAUGCCGACGCAAUAAGCGGUAUGCCAAUGGUACUCGAGGGCGACGCAGCAGAAUGGUGGCGUGGCGUGAAGUCAAAAGCCAAUGCUUUUUCUGACGUAAUACGCAUGCUGCGUGAAGCGUUUUCCCCUCCGAAACCAUCUUGGCGUAUUUAUGUUGAGAUAUUCGAAUCAAAACAGCAGAAAAAUGAGGUAAGCCGACAGAGAGUUCAAGGUUUUGAUGACUUGCUAAAGGAAGCUAGAGAAGCUGAAUUAUACCUGCAAGAACGCAAAACGCAUGCUGUGAACACGGAUGAUACUCAAAAAUCGAGUGGUCCAGCGCGUUGCGGAUUUUGCCGCAAAAAGGGACAUAGUUCCGAAAUGUGUUUCAAAAAGAAAAACAGUGAAGCCCAGGAAGCGCAUGCCGCAAAGCUAGCGCAAGCACAAUCCCUAAGGCCUAAAUUCGCUUGCUAUGGUUGCAAUGCGCUGGGGGUAACUCGCGCGAACUGCCCCAAUUGCAUUAAAACAGAGGUAGCGAAACCAAACACAGUGAGCUUCAAUUCAUUAAAUGCUACAAAUGGUCAAGAAAUCCCAAGUUUCAACUCUUUGAAUUCAUUGAGUGCUACCAUUGGUCGAGAAAUACCAAUUGCUAAUAUACAAAUAUUUGGAGUACCGGGUCAAGCAUACUUUGACUCAGGAACGCGAACAAGUGUUGCUAGUGCUAACCUAAAACGCAUAAUGGAUUUUAAAGGCUAUGUGUUCAAGAGCGUUAGAUGUGAGAUAACUCUGGCCGAUGGCAGUACCUCCCUCGAAAGGUGCUUGUCAACAGUAUGUAAGAUAACCAUAGAUGGACGCACUCUGGACAUACAUUUCAUUGUUUUGCCAAAUGCGAAAAAUAAUAGAACCUUGGUUGGCGCAGAUUUCAUGGAACAGGCAGGGAUUGUUUUGAAUAUGGGUCAGCGUUAUUGGUAUUUCGAAAAUGAGCCAACAGAGCACUUUGAUUUUGCCGAUCCGCUACCGCUUGAAUUAAAUCUCGUUGAGAGAGUGAAAGUAAGCGACCCUAUUAGCAAACGAAAGCAAGAAGAUGAAUGGGUAAAGGAGGCAGUGCAAGCGAAAGUUUAUAUGUCCGAAUUUGAAUAUUAUGGAGCAGAAGUUCCGAAUACCUAUUCGCCGCAUUCGAUUCAGGACAUUUUUAGGGAUUCUAUUCCACCAAACGAGAUUACACCCGAAAGAAGUUAUGGUGCUGGAUUAUUUAAUGGUGCCAUCAACAAACAACGCUCAACAGAUUUGCUUACUAUCGACUUCCGGUUCCUUAAGAAACUGAUGGGGCCGAACACUGGUAACCAUGAACCCGUUGCACUUCCACCAUAUCGGCUAUCCUUCCCAAAGCUUCAAGAGUUGAAGAGCGAAAUACAUAAAAUGACUGAGAACGAUAUUAUCGAAGAAUGUGAUUCAGCGUGGUCAUCACCGGUUGUUAUGGUACCAAAAAGGGAUGGAAGCACACGCGUCUGUGUAGAUUACCGGAGGUUGAACGCAAUAACGAAGCCCGACAGGUAUCCACUACCCCGUAUGGACGACUUGUUACAUGCCGCUAAAAGUACCAAGUUCAUGACAACUCUGGAUUUACAAUGUGGGUAUUUUCAAAUCGCUGUUGCGGAAAAAGACCGCGAUAAGACAUGUCUCAUUACGCCGUUUGGUACCUACCGCUUCAAGCGUAUGCCUUUCGGCCUUCGGAACGCUCCGGAAACAUUUCAACGCUUGAUUGACCGUUUUAAGACAGCGUUACCAAAUAUUCAAAUCCUUGCGUAUCUUGACGAUAAUAUUAUUUGCUCACAUUCAUUUCUAAAUCAUUUAAAAGACCUGCACAUAGUAUUUGAGAAGCUUGAAAAGUUCAAACUGGNUCAACGCUUGAUUGACCGUUUUAAGACAGCGUUACCAAAUGUUCAAAUCCUUGCGUAUCUUGACGAUAUUAUUAUUUGCUCACCUUCAUUUCUAAAUCAUUUAAAAGACCUGCACAUAGUAUUUGAGAAGCUUGAAAAGUUCAAACUGCGCGUUAACAAUGCUAAAUGCCGUUUUUGCUGCGCCAGUGUGAAGUACCUUGGACAUGUUCUCACAGCCGAGGGUAUCAAAGUUGACCCAGAGAAAACGAUGACAAUUGCAGAACGAAGGGCGCCCCGAAACAUUAAAGAACUGGUGUCUUUUAUUCAAACUUGCUCGUGGUACCGGCGAUUUAUUGAUCAGUACGCGAAAAUUGCCAAGCCGGUUACAGACCUCACCAAGAAAAAUGCUGUUUGGCAAUGGCGCGAACCGCAGAUUGAAGCAUUCAAUAAACUAAAAGAAAUGCUGGUGAAUCCACCAAUCCUGAAGCAAGCCGAAGAUAACGUAUCCUUUAUGAUUAAAACUGAUGCAAGCGCGUAUGCACUAGGAGCAGUACUGCUGCAGGGGGAGAGAGACCAGGAGCAUCCUAUUGAGUAUGCAAGCCGUUUGUUGACUCCAGCUGAGCGUAACUACUCAACGACGUAA